GACAAGAAGGCUCGGUUGUCCAGCCCGCUGCACGAGAUGGACGGCAUCGGUGACGACGUUGGAGCAUCGGCUGCGCCCGGGCCUGGCGCAGAGGCAGCAUCAGACAUAGAUGAGACGGCCAGGGAGCUUUUCAGCGAGAGUGCCAAACAAGUCGAUUGCACAAUUGCUCUUAUCUCUGACGCUCGUUCUUUGCAAGAUGGUGUCGCUCGCAUCGAGACGAAUUUCGACAAUCUCAAUUCAGAGGUAGAUGCUCGUUUCGGUGCCGUGGAGUCGGAAAUGCAGGCCCAGAAAAUCCAAAUGGAGGAGUUGCACGCCGCUCUAUCGAGAGGCGCCUCGCGUGCAAGUUCGGUUUCGGAAGCGGUGAAGCCUGACAGCUACAACGACAUCGAGGCUGAGCUCAUCGCAAAGGCAGACAGGGACAGGGCGAUCCCGAAGAUACGGGACAGCGGCCACGAAUGGAACGGCACUCGCAUGUGGGCUAAAAUUGACCGUCCCUUUGAGGAGCGUCUGCCAGAGUCGUUCGCGUUCUCCGUAAAGAAGGUCCUCGUAGAAUGGGGGUGGUCGAGAUCUGCUUUAUAUGUGGACCGCGACAGUGCCGUCCUCUACCUCGGCACGGACAUGGUGUUGUCGUCGAGCGUCUCCGGGGACAAGUUCGAGGUCGACUUCGUGGACGGGUGGAAAGAGUAUUUGCAGGCCCCAGAGUUGGACGACGCUUUUACCAAGGCUCAGGAGAAGCUUACAAAAAAGGUCCAAUUGAAGGGGAAGGGGAAGGGGAAGGGGAAGGGGCAGGAGAAAGGCAAGAGCAAGUCCAAGGCAUCCUCCGGGACAGCCUAG